GGUCCGCAAGGUCCCCAAGGAUUCCAGGGUCUUCAAGGUCCCGCGGGGCCUAAGGGAGAGAAAGGAGAUCCUGGGAAAGACGGUAUCCCUGGAACCGAGGGCAUAACCGGUCCUCCCGGUCACAUCUUCGUCAUACCAUAUCAGCGAACAGGUCUUGGACAAGUCAAAGGACCAGAUACGAACAUCAAGGGCCCCGACAACACGGACUACUUGAGACAGAUGCUGAGUCAACACAUGGCAGCGAUGAAAGGCACCUCGGGAGCUCGGGGGCUCACAGGCCUACCAGGUCCUGUCGGUCCACCUGGACCUCCCGGAGACAAGGGAGACAUCGGAGAAACCGGCGUCGAAGGCGCUCGGGGACCUCGAGGGCAUCCCGGCAGCCCCGGAAAAAUGGGUCGGCGGGGUCAGAGCGGCAAAGAAGGCAAAAGAGGUCCCACGGGCCCGAUGGGCCAGAAAGGAGAGCAAGGACAUCCCGGUCAUCCCGGUUUACCGGGCGAUAAAGGAGAUCGGGGAUACCAAGGGAAUCCAGGUGAAGCCGGUCUCAUGGGAUCUGACGGCCCGAAGGGCGAGCCAGGACCCUCCGGAUCACCGGGUCUCACGGGUGAGAUGGGACAGCGAGGCUUCCCCGGUCAGCGAGGUCAUUCAGGUCCCCCAGGACCCCCCGGAAUCCCUGGUUCCGAAGGACCUAUGGGAUCAAAAGGCAAUGAGGGUCCUCCUGGUGCUCCCGGUCAACCCGGUCACGUAGGACAGUCGGGCCCGAUGGGACCCCAAGGCUCGCCCGGGAUCCCGGGUCCGAUCGGAUCCCCAGGACCGCGAGGGAAACCCGGACUUCCGGGGUUGCCAGGGGCUGAAGGUUUGCCGGGUUCAAGCGGGAGUCCGGGCUCACCGGGUAUCAAGGGAGACGUGGGCUUCAUCGGUCCCCAGGGACCGGUGGGCUUCCCAGGGCAAAGAGGCUACAAGGGCGACCAAGGAGUUCGUGGACCGUCUGGAGUCAAGGGAGACAAGGGAAUCAUCGGGCCUGAAGGUCAAAAGGGCGACGUCGGUCCGAAAGGAGAUACCGGUCCGCAAGGUCUCGAUGGUGCUCAAGGUGCCGAAGGACUCGAGGGGCCGAAGGGUUUCGAUGGCGUCCGGGGAGAACGAGGAGCUCCCGGUCUUCUAGGCGAAAAAGGGAAGCAGGGUGUACCCGGUUUCCCGGGGUAUCCGGGAGCUAAUGGCCCUAAGGGGGAGAAAGGUUUCCAAGGACCUCCAGGCCCGAAAGGUUUCAAAGGCGAUCGCGGAUUGCAAGGGGUCCCGGGUGAGAGGGGUCCGAUGGGGCCGAGGGGCAAUCGCGGUCUGCGAGGCCGUCCGGGGAAAACUGGUCACACCGGAGAAAAGGGAAGUGUCGGAGAACCGGGAAGUCCGGGCCAGCCCGGUGAAAGGGGGGAACAAGGUCCUGAAGGGCCGAGAGGCUUCAACGGCGUGCCAGGGACACCAGGGAAUCCGGGCAAAGAUGGUCAUGUCGGACCGUCUGGAGAGCGCGGGUCGGCCGGAGAGCCUGGCGUCGCUGGUCCGAUCGGUCCGCCAGGUCCGGUUGGCCUGCCAGGACCGAACGGCGAGAUUGGUAAAACGGGCGAGAUUGGACCCCCCGGACCGGUCGGCGUUCCUGGUGAGACUGGUCCUCCUGGAGAAACUGGGAAAGACGGCCCAGCGGGAGUCGUCGGUCAUCCCGGCGAGCCGGGAGUCAUGGGGCCCCCUGGGCUGGCGGGUCCGCCAGGCGAGACCGGGGCUCCUGGGCCGCGGGGUCAUCCCGGAGGCAAAGGCGAAAUCGGAUUGACGGGAGCUGUUGGGCCUCAGGGAGAGAAGGGAGCGUUGGGGGCUCCCGGUGAACCAGGACCUCCCGGAGAGCGAGGUCGCCAAGGCGUCAUAGGUCCGCAAGGGACACCCGGGCCGAAAGGAGACAAGGGGGAUAUCGGAGUUCCCGGAUCUGCUGGGCGCGACGGACUUCCUGGAUCCAGGGGCUUACCGGGCUCACCGGGACCGAGUGGAGGACCGGGAGAAGAUGGCGAUAAAGGAGAUGUCGGUGCCGCUGGCCAGAAGGGCUCGAAAGGAAGCAAGGGCGACUCGGGUCCCACUGGGCCGAUAGGUCCCAUCGGACUACGCGGCGAGCCAGGCACACCGGGAGCUAUUGGGGAACCUGGUCCAACGGGAAGUCAUGGAGCCCGGGGAGUGAAAGGUGAAGAAGGACCGAUCGGUCCCCCCGGUCCGUCGGGUGCUCCGGGGAAGCAGGGUAUCCCUGGCUUGACCGGCGAGAAAGGCAUCAAAGGUGACGACGGAAAACUAGGACCGCCUGGGUCCGCUGGUCAGCCUGGCGAACCUGGACUUGCUGGUCCGAAGGGUAAUGAUGGUAUCGCAGGUCCUACGGGACCGAGUGGCUUACGCGGUCAGAAAGGCGAGGACGGCAAACCGGGAGCAGCAGGCACGGCCGGAAAAGACGGUCCCAUCGGUCCGGUAGGGCCGCCGGGUCCGAAAGGAGAGGAAGGAAAAGCCGGUAUUCCUGGACCUUCUGGACCCCGGGGACCUCCAGGGAUAGAAGGACCUAAAGGGAACCCGGGAGCACCCGGCUUCCCGGGCGUCGCCGGCGAAGCUGGGAAACCGGGGGCUAAAGGGGAGCCAGGAGCAAACGGUGUGAACGGAGCGCCUGGGGAUAUCGGCCCUCCGGGCCCACAAGGAGAACCUGGAAAAAUGGGUGAUACUGGUUCCCCCGGGAAACCUGGGGCCGUAGGACCGGCAGGUGCUCAGGGAGACACCGGUCUGCCUGGGAUCAAGGGGGACAAAGGCGAAGUCGGCCCGAAGGGUCCCCACGGUCCUCUAGGACCACCGGGAGCCAUGGGUCCCACGGGUUCGCCGGGGCUACCAGGGGAGGCAGGCGUGGCUGGAGACGUAGGCGCGCCGGGCAAAGCUGGCCCCGCAGGCAGUCCUGGAGCUGUGGGCGCCCCUGGGGAGAGGGGAGAGAAAGGGGAAAGAGGGAAGCGAGGCUGGAAGGGAGACAGAGGAAUACCCGGCAAGAGCGGACGCAAAGGAGAUUUUGGAGAAAAAGGAGAGAAAGGCGAUACAGGCCCGGCAGGUCCCGUCGGUCAGACGGGGAAACCUGGCAUCCAAGGAUUCGAAGGACAGAAGGGAGCAGAUGGACCCCCCGGGUCGCCGGGACUCGAGGGCCCAGUCGGGCCUAAAGGCAGCGACGGGGCAACUGGGCCGAAAGGAGAAACAGGACCCAUGGGAGCACCCGGUCCGCCCGGACCACCCGGUGAAGGUCCGAAGCUGCCGCUAGAGACCUUCUUCCGGGAAUCCACCGUGAAAGGACCUCGAUCUCGGCGUGAAGUCAAUGAUAUGGAGAAAACAAUGGAGGACGAAAAGACCCUGAGCGGUAUCUAUGCCCAGAUCUACGUAAUCCGCAAAGAGAUUGAUUAUCUUAAGAGGCCGAUCGGAUCCCGGCUGAAUCCGGCGAGAUCUUGCAAAAAUCUCUACAUGGCUCACAAAGAACUGCCCAACGGUCGGUAUUGGAUCGAUCCCAACGGAGGAACUCCGGAUGACGCCGUGAACGUAUUCUGUGAUCUGGAAUCUAGCGGCGAGACCUGCAUUGAUGCCGAUGAAACAACGAUGAGAGCUGCGUUGCAGACUUGGGGCACCAAGGACGUCAAAAGCGAGAAGCUUUCAUUCAGCCAAUUGGAAGGCGGUUUCAAGAUGACGUAUUCCUCGAUCGAUCCGGUCCAACUGCGCCUCCUGAGACUUCUGAGCCGAAGCGCACGACAAGGCUUCACCUAUGCUUGCGAAAACUCUGUGGCAUGGUUUUCGGAACAGACUGGAGACUAUUCCCUCGCAUUGCAAUUUGUCGCUGCGAACGGUGACCACUUCGAUCCCACGCACCAUAGACCGAUCGUGAUGGAAGAUCAGUGUCGUAACUCUCCUCGUCUCGGAAGGACUGUUUUCGAAUUCAAAACGAAUAAAGUAGAGCAGCUCCCGCUCGUGGACUUCAUGCCCCGAGAUUUCAGCGGAUCGGGGAAGAAAUUCGGAUUCAAAGUCGGCCCGGUAUGCUUCAACUGA